AUGUCAGAAUGGAGCAAUGGAAGCUCCAACACAUCCUACACCAGUUUCCUCCUCCUGAUGGGCUUCCCAGGGCUGCAGGAGUCCCGCGACCUCCUGGUGCUGCCCUUCCUCAGCCUCUACCUGGUGAUCGUCUCCGCCAAUGCCCUGGUCAUCCCCCACACGGUGGCGGCCCAGUGCAGCCUGCACCAGCCCAUGUACCUGCUCAUAGCCCUGCUCCUGGCUGUCAACCUCUGUGCCGCCUCCACCAUGGUGUCCGCCAUGCUCUUCAGCUUCUCCUCGCAGCUCAACCACAUCUCCCUGACUCGCUGCCUGGUCCAGAUGUUCUGCAUCUACUUCUUCAUUGUCUUUGACUGCAACAUUCUCCUGGUCAUGGCCCUGGACCGCUAUGUUGCCAUCUGCUACCCUCUCCGCUACCCAGAGGUAGUGACGGGCCAGUUGCUGGCUGGCCUGGUGGAGGUGGCAGCUGCCAGGAGCACAUGCAUUGUUGCUCCAGUGGUGUUUCUGGCUUCUCGGGUCCGCUUCUGCCGCUCAGACGUGAUCCACCACUUUGCCUGUGAGCACAUGGCUCUGAUGAAGCUCUCCUGUGGGGACGUUUCCCUGAACAAGACCGUGGGGCUCACCGUCCGCAUCUUCAACAGAGUCCUGGACAUGCUCCUACUCGGAGCCUCCUAUUCCCGCAUCAUCCAUGCUGCCUUCAGGAUUUCGUCAGAUGGAGCACGUUCCAAGGCCCUGAACACCUGUGGCUCCCACCUGCUGGUCAUCUUCACCAUCUACUCGUCAACAAUGUCCUCAUCCAUCGUCUACCGUGUGGCCCGCACUGCCUCCCAGGACGUGCACAACCUGCUCAGUGCCUUCUACCUGCUGCUCCCGUGUCUGAUCAACCCCAUCAUCUAUAGGGGCAGCACCUGGCAAGGUUUUUCCUGA